UGACAGUGCAGUUUGCCUUUGAAUGUAGACGUAUCACAAACUGUCAUGGAGGUCAUGUGCAUGGUUAGUUGUGGACGAUACACUCGUCCACAUUUUAAUUUGCUACUGCUAAUUAUCCUCCAGUUCGGCCUGCACACAGUAGACGGAGUGUGGCCAUUGCCGCAGACUUUCACCUCCUCAGCCGAGCGGUACCCUCUGAGCCCUCAGGCUCUCUACUUUGUGUACGGAAGUCAAUCAGCUGCACAGCAGGGCUGUUCUGUUCUGGAUGCUGCUUUCAAGAGAUACUUUUCUCUUAUUUUUCCAGACUACACUUCUGGAAAUGGUGUCCUGCGAUUCAGUGAGGGGAAACCAUUUAUCAUUGAGGUCAGUGUUGACCGUGAUGAUUGUGAGGGUUACCCAAAUGAAGACUCCUCUGAGAGAUACAAUCUGAGUGUCUGUGCAGGACAAGCAUCUCUGAAUGCACAAACGGUGUGGGGUGCCCUAAGAGGUCUGGAAACCUUUAGUCAGCUGGUGUAUGAAGAUGAUUUUGGCACAUAUUUUGUCAACAAGACUGAGAUUGACGACUUCCCCCGGUUCCAGUUCAGGGGGAUUUUAUUGGACACUUCACGUCAUUAUUUACCAGUGAAGGCCAUUUUAAAAACUCUGGAUGCAAUGGCCUACAGUAAGUUCAAUGUGUUUCACUGGCACAUUGUUGACGACCCCUCCUUCCCUUACCAGAGCAGCACCUAUCCAGACCUUUCCAGUAAGGGGGCUUUCCAUCCGAUGACUCACAUCUACACGCAGUCAGAUGUGAGAAGGGUGAUCUCACAUGCCAGGCUGUGGGGAAUAAGGGUCCUUCCUGAGUUUGAUUCGCCCGGCCACACCUUAUCUUGGGGAAAAGGGCAGUCUGACCUGUUGACUCCCUGCUACAGUGGGAGCACCCCUUCAGGUACUUUUGGUCCUGUUAAUCCAGUGUUACCCUCCACCUACAAGUUCAUGGGAAGACUAUUUAAGGAAGUGUCAUCGGUCUUUCCUGACUCCUAUAUCCACUUAGGAGGGGAUGAGGUGAACUUUGCCUGCUGGAAAUCCAACCCUGAUGUCCGAGCGUUCAUGCAAAAGAUGGGAUUCGGAGCAGACUUCACCAAACUGGAAGCUUUCUACAUGGAGAACAUUAUGAAUAUCACUUUGGCUCUCAACAAGACGUCUAUUGUGUGGCAGGAUGUGUUUGAUUACCAUGAACAAAUUCCCAAGGACACAGUGCUGCACAUCUGGAAGGGCACCCCAGCUAGUUAUUACGAGGAGCUCAGCAAGAUGACCAAAGCUGGCAUGAGGGUCCUGCUAGCUGCCCCGUGGUACAUCAACCACAUUUCGUAUGGCCAAGACUGGCGCGACUACUACACCGUGCAGCCACUGAACUUUUCUGGAUCUGAGGAACAGAAGAAGCUGGUGAUAGGGGGUGAGGUCUGCAUGUGGGGAGAGUAUGUCGAUGCCACCAAUCUCACUCCACGUCUUUGGCCAAGGGCAAGUGCUGCAGCAGAGAGACUGUGGAGUGAUGAGAAGCAGACCUCCAGUGUGGACAAGGCCUUUCCUCGCUUGCAGGAAUUUCGCUGCAAGCUCGUGAGGCGUGGCAUCCAAGCAGAGCCUCUGUAUGUUGGACACUGCAAACAUGAGUACCAAGGUCUUUGAAGAUGUUGGAUGGAUGUUGGAUUUCAAGGUUUUUCUGGAGAAUAUUUGAACUAAUUCAGUUCAUUGUUGCCUUCUUUUAAAGUAAAUUAUACACAUUAAAAUGCUUUCUCAGGGAUCUUAUUAUAUUUUCUAAUUUUAUUUUUUGUAAUAAUCAUUUGAGUAAUUUUUUUAUUUUAGAUUUGCAUAUUCAGCAGUCAAAAUAUAGAAAUGUUAACAAAAAUCUUGUUUGGAAGAACCCAACGUGUUGCAUUGUAAUGCCAUGUUAAAUUGUACUUGAUGACUGCAAAAUAUAAAAUGCAAUUUUAAACUGCCAGUAUGCUGUAGGUUGUGGUCUUGCGCUGGAACGUAAUAAAAUAUUGUUGGUGUGCAGA